AUGGCCACCGGCAUUAAGGCCGGAAGGAAACAAGGGAUAAGGCUUCACCCCGCAGAAGCUGAGAAAGCCAAGGCAGCACCAAGCAGUGAUCCCCUUCCCUUGUCUUCAGGUUGCCUUAAGGUUUACACCAAGAGUUCUCAUCUGAAAGCCCACCAGAGGACACAUACUGGCGAGAAGCCCUACAAAUGUUCCUGGGACGGCUGUGAAUGGUCCUUUGCCCGCUCGGAUGAGCUCACCCGCCAUUACCGCAAGCACACCGGAGUCAAGCCAUUCAAAUGUACCAUGUGUAACCGCUGCUUCUCACGCUCAGACCACCUGGCCCUGCACAUCAAACGGCAUCAGAACUAGGGGCCUUUCCCCUGUGCCCAGGAGGCCCUCGGGGGUACCCAGUCUGGCAGCAUCUCCCACCCUUGCUAAUGGCACAGGGGAUCUCUGCUCAGUCCCUAGAUUUUGUUUCCAUUUCCCUAGUCUGAAGGCAGCUCCUGUUUCUCCUCAGCUCGGGACUUGCUGGUGCCGUCACCCUUGGGGUGCUACCUCACCACACCCCAUUUCUGUCCCCGAAAAAGUCUUCUAAAAUUUCUCAUGGCAAAACUCCCGGAGGAGGCCCGUGCACUGGCUGUUAGCUCUGGGAUGGCUCCAGGUAGGCCCCAAGCUGCUCCGGGCCCCGGGAAAGGGUGGGGGUGUACAUCAACCCAGCAACCACAGAGAGGUUUAUCUGGCUGUCCCCAUCUCUAGGGCCAAGGCCCUGGAACCCCUGCUGUGAGAGAGCCU